UUUUAUUUCUGCAGCAAUAAUCCAACUUCAAUCUGCGUAGAGGUUUCAUAUAUCACAUAUAUGUUGUAGAACGAGCUCACUUGGAAACUCGAUGGUAACUUUUCUCUGAUGUGGACUUGGUCUUUGUUAAAACCAUGGAAAAACACUUUAGAAACUAUGCCCCCCUGCGGAUACCACUGGCAUCGCUGUAAAGAGAGCUGUAUGAUUCAUCCCUUUGACAGGAGGAGUUCUCACUGGGAGCAUGUAUCACAAGAAGUUCCCUUUUACCUCUCUUUUUCUUACAUAAUGGACAUUUGAUGUGCACAGUCACGUCAAGUCUUUUUUCAGUGGUCUCUCAAACAUUUAAACUUUAAAUAAAAGCCGAUAUCCAGUGAAAAUGCAGUCCUGGAAAGUUUUUAGUGAAUCCUGUGAGUGUGAGUGUGGGUGUAGAGACAGAGUGUGUGAGCAGUGUGACAGCGCUGGUCCAGCUCUGUCUUCCAAUGAGAGCGGAGGCCUCCCUGUCCUCUCCCCGCCCAUGAGGGGAGUGAGGCGGAGGAGACAGAGCAGCGGAGAGUUCUAGUGGAGACGGGAAAUACUUUGACUUUUAUCCCGUUUUCUUUUUUAAGUUCGCCGUCAUGAUCACAUCAAAACUUCCAAUCGACCUGUUUUUAAAACGGAAAUGUUUUCCGUCGAGUCGGGUCGCCUCGUUUUGAAACGACUAUGGACACGUUACGGUGAGAGAAAGAGUUAGAAACUUUCCCAUUCCCCGAUCCUCGGAGCGCAGCACAAUGGACUCCGGGCCGAGAAAGCGCUCCAGAGGAGGGAGGCUGUGGAGGAUGUGCCUUUAUCUCGCCUGGCUCUCCAGCGCGUCCGCGCAGCUCAGUUAUUCCGUAUCGGAAGAACUAAGUCCGGGAUCUGUCGUUGGAAAUAUCGCUAAAGAUUUGGGUCUUACGACUCAGCGGAUCGAUGAGAGGAGGUUGCGGGUUGUCUCCGAAUCCACAACUCAGUACUUUGAGGUAAAGCAGGCGACAGGCGAUUUAGUUAUAAAACAAAGCAUUGAUAGAGAGACAAUGUGCGAACUGAGCCCAACGUGUUCACUACACCUUGAAAUACUCCUGGAGAAUCCUUUGAGGAUCCAUCGCUUGGUGGUGGACAUUCUGGAUGUGAAUGACAACGCACCGCAGUUUUCAACAAGCAACAUUUCUCUGGAGAUAUCAGAGGCUGCUGCGCCGGGCACAAGGUUCCGUUUGGACAGCGCGCACGACCCAGACGUGGGCACCAACUCCUUACGCACGUACCACCUCGCAGCAAAUGACUUUUUUACUUUGAAUGUGGAAAGUAAAAGCGACGGCACCAAGUUUCCAGAGCUCGUGGUGGAUAAAGCUUUGGACAGGGAGACGCAGGCCACGUUUCGCCUGUUGCUCACUGCUGUAGAUGGGGGUAAACCAGAGAAAUCUGGCUCAACACUUCUGCUCAUUAAAAUUCUGGAUGUAAAUGACAAUGCGCCCGUCUUUGAAGAACCAGUAAACAAAGUUAGUUUAUUAGAAAAUGUCGCACAUGGCACUUUAGUAACUAAACUGAACGCGACUGAUGUUGAUUCGGGUAGCAAUGGAGAAAUAUCUUUCCUCUUUAGUAAAUAUACACCGGACCGUGUUCUCAGACUUUUCAGUGUGGAUUCUAAAAGUGGGGAGAUCCGUGUGAAAGGUGAUGUGGAUUAUGAGAAAGCUGCUGCAUAUCACAUCACAGUGCAGGCCAGAGAUGGUGGCUCUCCUGCUAUGGAGGGCUCCUGCAACGUCAUAGUGGACAUCAUCGACGUGAAUGACAACGCACCAGAGGUGACACUGACGUCACUGACCAGCCCUAUUAGAGAGGACUCUGCACCAGAGACAGUGAUAGCACUUAUAAGUGCACGAGACCUGGACUCUGGUGUGAAUGGGGAGGUUAAAUUAACAGUCCAACCAGGUUUGCCAUUCAAACUUAUUUCAGCGUUUGGCAUGCAUUACAGCCUCAUCACUGCUGGUAACCUGGACCGUGAGACUGUCCCGGAGUACAUGGUGGUCAUCAGGGCCACUGAUGCUGGUUCACCACGCCUCUCAUCACAAACCACCUUUACGGUGAAGCUCUCUGAUGUAAAUGACAAUGCUCCCACCUUCUCUCAGACUUCAUACUCUGUGGACAUCCCCGAAAACAACGCUCCCAGUGCCCCCAUCGCCGUCGUCACAGCCACUGACCCAGACCUCGGUGACAAUGCUCGCAUCUCCUACACCAUCCUCCCCAGCAUGGUCCAAGGCUCUCCCAUAUCAUCUUAUGUGUACAUCAACCCAGAAAGUGGACACAUCUACAGCAUGCGCUCUCUGGACCAUGAACAGCUUAACGUGUUCCGGAUUGAGGUGCAGGCCCGGGAUGCUGGGGCGCCCCCAAGGACAGCCAAUGUCACUGUGCAUGUGUUUGUGGUGGAUGUGAACGACAAUGCACCAGUGGUUGUUCACCCCUCCUACCCAAAAGACCAAGGAAUACAGCUCACUUUGCCCUCUUCUGCAGCCACAGGACACCUCAUAAAUAAACUUGUAGCAGUGGAUGCAGACAGUGGGCACAAUGCGUGGCUGUUUUACUCCAUUGCCCCAGGACCAAAUGCUAGAAUGUUUCGUAUAGGGGCACAUAGUGGGGAGCUCCGCUUAGCCCGCAAGUGGGCAGAGGAAGAAGAGGGCUCAGUUUAUGACAUUGUGGUCAUCAUUCAGGACAAUGGUGACCCCCCCAAAUCCUGUUCUGUGAAUAUUACAGUAACUGUACAUGAUAAGGGCGCAGUCAACGAUGUUCCAGCAAGACCCCGCCACAACCCUUUUAACCAACGUACAGGGAUGUCGGACAUCACUCUGUACCUUAUCAUCUCUUUAGCCUGUGUAUCGGCUGUUUCCUUUAUUACCUUUGUUGUAGUUAUGGUACGCUGCCUGAGGCACCGCGGCCCAGGGCUGGGAGACUCUGACUGCUGCUGCUAUGGACGCCACAGGUCCAGCCGCUACCAUCAGAGGCCCAGCAAGGACCUGCACCUGCAGCUCAACACUGAUGGACCCAUCCGCUAUAUGGAGGUCGUGGGGGGCCCCCAGGACCCACACACACGCACUUACAGGCCCUGCUACUCUACCUUAUCCAGCCGAAGUGACUUUGUAUUUAUGAAGACACCCAUGCUGAGUCACAACAACACACUCAACAUGACACUCAGCAGGAAGCACCUUAUGAACUCAGCCUGUGAGCAAAAGCCCCCCAACAACGACUGGCGCUUCACACAGGGACAGAGACCUGGACCUAGCGGUCCCCACAUGCCAUACGGUACACACAUACGAUGGACGCCGAAGAGUGGGAAAAGGGCAACUGGAGGACCUGAAGUUGCCAUGGGAACUGGACCCUGGCCUCAGCCCCCAACUGAAGCUGAGCAGCUCCAGGCCCUGAUGGCUGCUGCUAACGUGAGUGAGGCUACAGCUACACUGGGGCCUGGAACUAUGGGCCUUAGCACCCGCUACAGCCCCCAGUUCACACUGCAGCACGUGCCCGAUUACCGCCAGAACGUCUACAUCCCCGGCAGCACAGCCACGCUCACCUCCAACCCCCAGCAGCAGCAGCAGCAGGCCACUGCCCAGCAGGCCGCCCAGCAGGCACUGCCCCCGCCCCAGACCUCAGCCCAGCCUGAGCCCCCCAAGGCCGCUCAGACCCCUGCCUCCAAGAAGAAGUCUACCAAGAAGGAGAAAAAGUAGAUCUGGAAGGAGAGAGGUGGUGGAAUGAUGAACCCGGCCUGACCAGAUGAGAAGUUCAACCCCCCAUAUCCCUCCAUUAGGUAUCUGACUCUGCGGUCACUCGUGCUAGCCACGCAUUUGGCCGCAUGGAUCAUGUUGAUGGUUCUUGGACGGAGAGUCUUAAAGAAUCUGAAUGUGUUGAAGGCUGUUGAUGGUGUUGAUAACCCGUGCUGUGCUAAACGUCUAGUAUUGCUCAUGUGAUCUGUGUUGGUAGAUAUUUUUGGCAGGUUAUGGGGGGUUAUUGUGAUUUUCGUUUUCUUUUUUUUUUUCCUUUUUUUUCCUUUUGGCGAAGUCAAAUGAAAUUGGUCAAAGAGAUUUAGUGUAAGUAACAAACCUUGCUGGGAUGACAAGGCUCACACGCAGUGACGUAUUACAAGAUAAAAUGUCGAUGUUUUUCAUGUUGGAUUCAUUGUUCUUUCCCUGACGUGGAAAGUCCGCUGUAAAGUACGCUAGUUGCCAUUCAUUUGAUUCCUACACAGAAUCAGCCUUGCAGGCUCCUAAAGCGUAACUCCUGUGGAUAUAAGGCUGUUGUUUGACAGGUAUUACACACUCUUCUGCAUGCUCGUUAAGGUUCAAACCACAUAUACUAGUCUAGAGUUACAAAACUAUGCAUUGCAAAAGCAAAGAGGAGGACAUCUGGAGUCUACUAUCCUCCCUUCAAUCGCAGGUCAACAUAAUGCACAUGUAGCAUUUACUUGACACAAAAAGAAAAUUCCUUUUGUUAUCAUAAGUUUAACAAAUAAGAUUUUAAUCCCUGAGCAUGCACCCCGAGGAAGGGCUGGCAGAGGGUGGAGUGGCAUGACAUGGUCUAAUGGAGUCACGGCCCGUGCUGUCCAUGCAGGCAGUGCAGCAGCAGACACCAGCGUCUUGUACAUCACCUCCAGAUGGGCGGAGACAUGUCCUGCACCCUUUGCAUCCCCCUCCUUCAUACCUAGCUCAUGUCCCGUUGAGAGCCAAACAAAGAAAUGCACUGUUUGUAUUCUGAAGAUGAGAUGAUGUAGGGAGUAGUGUAUCACUUUCUUCUGUAGGGAAACAUGUAGAUGUGGUAAACUUAAGUGCUUAGGAGUGUCUCGACACUUGAGCAGAGUAUUUCCCCUUCACUAUCCUGAAGUGCUGAAGAAACAUAUUGAUGUGACACAUUAACAAGCAUUUUGUUUUCGGGGUUUUUGGUUUUUUUUUGUGGGGGGAAUCAUGAUUCAAUAGCAGAUAAAUUGUUUGUAUGAGAAAUUAAGUCUUUACAUUGCUGUCCAUCUGUCUGUCAGGACCCUCGCCACAUACAACUGCAUGAGAAAAGGCAGCUUGCAGGCUCAGUCGGUGGGAGUGUGAGGGGGGGGAGAGGGGGUUGGGGUGGAAGGUACAGAUACUGAGGUGGCACCACAGCAUCAGUCAGGAGGGUGAGGAACAACCAUGGCUCUGUCCACUGAAUGUACAGAUGAACUUCUGUUGACCCGCCCACCCCCCUAAACUUUCUCUAAUGCACUGACCCAGGUAGAGGUCAACAGGCACAUCCAGGCACAGCCGUCCCCUGUUGGGAGGAUAUACCACUCCAGAGCCGUUAGAAACAUCCUUCUCCACUGAAGGCAAUGGGAAACCUCAGCCUCUCUACCCCCCACCUCUCCCCUCUACUCUCUGGUCCUGUGAGGCUCUUCCCCACUGUACAUAAACACGCAAGUCCUGUCAAUGGCAUGAGCCAGUUGUUUGUAUAGUAGGGACUGCGUCCAACAUUUUCAAAAUAAGAGUCCCUCUCCACAAGGUGUGGCUUACUACUGGAAUGUGUUGCAUUUUGUUUUACAAGAAAAAAUAAGAAAACCGCAGUUUCAAAAGAAAAAAAAAAACAACAAAAAAAACAACAAUCAUGAAUAAAAGAUCUGAGAUGUUCUUCAACAGUUUGUGUUGCAAUGUAGUAACUAAGCACCAUGAAAGCCAACUAACUCUCUUCAGUGUAAAUAAAUGAAUAAAAAAAAUAACUUUAGAUAAGUAAACAAAGUAGACUAGUUAACUUGUGAUAUGUGUUGCGCAUAUUUUUGUGUUCAUUUUCUCUCUACUAUCUUUUAUCACCCUGUAAAGAAACAAAACAAAACAAACAAAAAAAAAUAUGGAAAUGUUUCUAUCCUUCUGUAACCUCUUUACUGUUCUUUUGCGGUGAUUUUAUCUUGUGCAUUUGUGAAAGAAUGCCUCUCAUUCUCUUUCUGUCCAUAUGAACAAAUGAUUAUAAAUAUUAUAUAUGUGUAAGUCCGUCCACUGCUGAAUUAAUACUGCUCUAUCCUGCUGUAUUAUCUUUCUUAUCAAAUGCUUAGCCCCCACGCUAUAUCCCUGUGUUAUUCUCUUAUUUUUAUGCUAAUAUUUAUAUUGCUGUUUUAUUUUCUCUUGGACACUGACAUUUCAAAUAAAACGAUUCUGAAAUCAUUUAA